AUGUGUCCCCAGGGGCCCUGGGCUGCGCUGCUGCUGCUGGUGGGUGUCCUCGCCUCUGACACACCGCCCAGCGCCAGGGGAAGGAAGAAGGUGGUCCACGUCCUGGAGGGGGACAGCGGGGCCGUGGUGGUACAGACAGCCCCAGGGAAAGUGGUGACACACCGGGGCGGCACCAUCAUCCUGCCCUGCCGCUACCACUACGACGUCUCGGCCCACGACCCCGACGAGAUUCGCCUCAAAUGGACCAAAGUGACGGAGCCAAUGGCCUUCGUGGACGUCUUUGUGGCCCUGGGGAAGGCGAGGAGGGCGUUCGGCAGCUACCGCGGGCGCACGGCGCUGCAGGAGGACGGCUUUGGGGACGCCUCGCUCAUCAUCCGCAACGUCACCCUGCAGGACUACGGGCGCUACGAGUGCGAGGUGACCAACGAGCUGGAGGAUGACACCGGCAUGGUCAAGCUGGAUCUCGAAGGCGUCAUUUUCCCCUACCAUCCUCGCCUGGGCCGCUACACCCUGAACUUCCACGAGGCUCAGCAGGCGUGCCUGCAGCAGGAUGGCAUCCUGGCCUCACACGACCAGCUGCACCAGGCCUGGCUGGAGGGCAUGGAUUGGUGCAAUGCAGGCUGGCUGCAGGACGGCUCCGUGCAGUACCCCAUCUCACACCCACGGGAGGAGUGUGGCCGCAAGGACACACCGGUGGGUGUGCGCAACUACGGCUACCGGCACAAGGAGAGCGAGCACUACGAUGCCUUCUGCUUCACCUCCAACCUCAACGGCAAAGUCUACUUCCUGAAGACGUUCCGCAAGCUGAGCUACGCCGAGGCGGUGCAGGCCUGCAAGAACAACGGGGCGGCCGUGGCCAAAGUGGGGCAGCUGUAUGCUGCCUGGAAGAUCCAACUGCUGGACCGCUGCGAGGCGGGCUGGCUGGAGGACGGCAGCAUCCGUUACCCCAUCGUCAACCCACGGGCACGCUGCGGUGGCCGGGAGCCUGGAGUGCGCAACUUGGGUUUCCCGGACAAGAAGUACAAGCUUUUUGGAGUGUACUGCUUUAAAAAGGCUGGUGAUGCUCCUCCUGAGAAGAAGAAGGGUGAGGGGCAUCCCAACCGUGUGUGA